AGCAGCGACCAGUCGCCGCCGCCGAUGCAAGCUCUUCCAAUACCUUUGACCGCCUCAACGCAUUGGAGAUGGACGUCGGCUCACUCAAAGAUGGCGUGCAAUUACAGCAGACCGCAAUGCAACAGUUGCAGCAGCGGAUUUGUACCACCGCCAAUACCUUGAGUUCGGGGCCGCGUGAGACAGCUCCAAAGUUUGACGGGCAGGAGAUCUUCUGCAACUCGAUGAAGACAAAUCCGAUUCCAUGGUUCCGCAAGUUCGAGCUCACGCUGCAGCUGCACAACGUCAAAGAACACAAGCACCACGCAUACUUGUUCUCUCGCUCAGGGGGCGCGUGCCAGGCUUGGUUGGACAACCUCUUGUCCAAGUACGGAGUGAUAGCUGCCAACUUGCAUACCAAGAUCAGUUGGGAUGAUCUGAAGGCGGCGUGGCACAAGCGGUUCCAGGUGGAGCCGCCGGAGAUCAAGGCCAUGGACAAGCUCAUGAUCUUCGAGCAAGGCGCGCUGCCGAGUACGGACUGGAUCGCCGAGUACCAACGCUUGACGUCAGUCCCAGACAUCCAGAUGGGCUUCAAAGCCAUCCGCCAUUCCUUCAUCUCAAGGUCAUGUCUGGCAUUAAGCAAUGCCCUAACGCAUGUUGAGGACACCUUGACGACGACGGUGGAAUUGUUUGACAAGGCCGUGCAGAUCAUCAUCACGAACAAGGAGGCCAAGAACCUYCGUUCAUCUGCGUCAGGCCCGAGCAGGGACCAGCAUCGGCCAAGAGUGGCCGUGGUCGCAGCGGCAACGCUGUUUGACCAAUCCAGCGAGGCUGUCUCUGCCAGUGAAGGGGACAGACUCGCAGCCGCCCGGGAAGGUGGCCGCCCCGACAGAGGCCGAGGACGCGGCAAGAUGAAGACACACACCGCAUCUAGCCCCGGGCCCGAUGCAGCAGCUCAGGCAGUAACCGGCCUUCAUUCCGAGGCGCACGCGGAAGUCGAUAGUCCUCCUCUUCUACUCUCUUUCGAGGACUAUGCUGCUCGGCUCGUUCCUACGCUGGGUACUCAAGCUCAAGGACAAGAAGUGUGUGCGGUUUCUUCUCCGUCCGGCAACGGCGACAUAUCGUCUUCAAGUGGUUCUUCACGGGAUUCGGCACGCGAGUUCAACGUAGAGGCAUUGGACCCGCUCACGUCCGAGGACUUUGCAUGGCUUCCUCUCCCGACCACAGGCCGCUUGUCGGGACUGCAAUGCGCAACACUUAGCGCUAAUCUUCACACUUACUUAUCCUUCUAUGCACCACCAACUUCGCCGACGGAUGACGAAGUCGCGGUGGGGGACAUCCUGGCGUAUACUACCAAGGUGGCCCGCGAGUUUCGCACGCAGCGGUACGAUGACAACAACGCACCGCUCAUGUAUGUCCGCAUUCAGGUUGGGCAAGCGUCCUGCAGCGCUUUGCGGGAUAGCGGCGCGUCUCGCAAUUUCAUGAGCCAGUCCUUGAUGCAAAAGGCUGGCCUUGGCGCACAAGUUCGGAGGAAGGCAAACCCGACGGCGAUCAAGUUGGCGGAUGGAAAGACGGAACAACUUCUCGACCGUUACAUCGAGGCCGUACCGGUCUACUUCGCACCUCAUGCAUGCGAACCGGUGACAUUCGAUAUUCUCGACACAGACUUCGACAUCAUUCUGGGAAUGCCUUGGUUUGCAAGUGCGGAUGACACGAUCAACUUCCACCGGCGGACUCUUAGCGUUCGCGACGCCUUCGGCGCGGAAGUGGCGUGUACUAUUCCUCUACCGCACCCUUCGAUCCGGUGCCAAGUGGUGACGGCCAAAUCAUUCCGGGCGACUUGCACUUACGAGCAGCCCGAGGAGAUCGGCCUAUGUUUUUUACGGACCGUCGCGGUAGCCGACCCUUCACCCACGAACUUGUCUUCGGACUCCCAUGUGGUACGGUUGCUGGACGAGCUCGCCGACAUCUUCGAGUCACCUACCGGUGUGGUGCCGGAUCGGCAGAUCUCUCACGAGGUCAUUCUUGAGGCCGGUGUCGUGCCGCCGAAAGGUUGCAUCUAUCGGAUGAGCGAGGAGGAACUUGAGGUCCUCCGCACACAACUCGACGAUUUGUUGGCCAAGGGUUGGAUCCGCCCUAGCAGCUCCCCAUAUGGAGCACCGGUUCUCUUCGUCAGGAAGAAGAACAAGGAUCUACGAUUGUGUAUCGACUACCGCAAGCUCAAUGCGCAAACCGUCAAGAACGCGGGGCCUCUUCCUCGCAUCGACGAUCUUCUUGAGCGACUGGGCGGCGCAAAAUAUUUUUCCAAGUUGGAUUUGAAAUCAGGAUAUCAUCAAAUCUCGAUCCAGCCGAACGACCGCUACAAGACCGCGUUCAAGACGCGGUAUAGCCAUUUCGAGUGGGUGGUCGUGCCUUUUGGCCUCACCAACGCCCCCCCGGCGACCUUUCAGGCGGCAAUGACCAAUGAAUUCCGUGCAAUGUUGGACCGGUUCGUGCUGGUCUACUUAGACGAUAUUCUCGUCUAUAGCCGGUCAUUGGAGGAUCAUCUUGGGCAUCUUCGACGAGUGUUGGAGACGCUCCGCCGCGCCAAGUACAAGGCCAACCGCGACAAGUAUGAAUUUGUCCGGCAGGAGCUGGAAUACUUGGGCCAUUUCGUCACACCGGAGGGCAUCAGUCCGCUAUCGGAUAAGAUCCAGGCCGUCCAAGAGUGGCCGGAGCCUCGGAACGUCACAGAUGUCCGCUCGUUCCUCGGUCUCGCCGGCUACUAUCAACGCUUCAUCAAAGGCUACUCGAAGAUCGCGGCCCAUUUGAACAAGCUUCAAUGCGAGGAUCGACCGUUUGACUUCGGAGAGGAGGCGCGGGGAUCAUUCUUCGCUCUCAAAGCCGCGCUAUUGUCUGCGGAGGUCUUGCGGAUAUACGAUCCGGUCUUGCCUAUGCGCGUCGCUACGGAUGCGUCAGACUAUGGCAUUGGUGCAGUCCACGAGCAACAUGACGGUGUGGACUGGCACCCGGUCGAAUACUUCAGCAAGAAAGUGCCCAUCGUGCAUUCCAUUGAUGAUGCACGCAAGAAGGAGCUCCUCGCCUUCGUCCACGCUCUCAAGCGGUGGCGACACUUCCUCCUUGGUCGAAGCCAAUUUCGCUGGGUAGCGGACAACAAUCCGUUGGUCUUUUACAAGACCCAAGACACCAUCAACAACACCAUCGCUCAAUGGAUGGCUUUCAUCGACCAGUUCGACUUCAUUCCCGAUCACAUUCCCGGGAAGUCGAACCGUUUUGCGGAUGCUCUUUCACGGCGUCCGGAUCAUUGUACCGCGGUCUACUCAACCUUCGAGAUCGACGACGACCUGCGGAACAGUUUCAUCCGCGGCUACCAAGCCGAUCCCGAGUUUCGCGACAAGUACGCGAAUUGCUCCUCUCCUAAUCCGGCUCCUUCUCACUCCCGGAUCCAAGAGGGGUACUUGCUUCGAUUUUGGUGGCCCGGCCUUCUCGGCGACGUCACGCGCUAUUGCGAGUCAUGCGAGGUUUGCCGAUGCUGCAAAUCCCGCAACCAUCGUCCGUACGGCGAGUUACGACCAUUGCCAGUUCCGUUGAGGCAAAGGGAAGCGAUUGCCAUGGACAUUACCGGCCCGUUCCCCAAGUACAAGACCGGAGUGGAUGGGAUUCUUACGGUGGUCGACCGACUCACCAAGUUCGCCAUGUUUUUGCCUUGUCGCUAUCAUGCCAAGGCACCGGAGUUGGCCGAGGUUCUCUACGCCGGUUGGAUUCGAACCAAGGGUUACCCCAAGGAAAUCGUCUGCGACCGCGACACUCGUUUCAUGUCCGAUUUUUGGUUGGCACUCAUCAAGCGAUGGGGCUCAUCUCUCAAGCCCAGUUCAGCUCGCCACCCUCAGACCGAUGGCCAGACAGAGAGGGCGCAUCAGACCGCACAAGUUCUCCUUCACACUCUCAUCCGCCCCGACCAGAAGGACUGGGUUGAGCGGCUGCCGGAUGUCGAGUUGGCCUACAACUCAUCUAUCCACCCGGCUAUCGGGAUGUCGCCCUUUGAGUUUGAGCACGGCUCGCCGGUCACUUCACUGUUGGACACUAUUACUCCACGAACGGUCAAGAGCGACGACCAUGUUCUUUUCUUGCGUUGGAUGCAAGAGCUUCUUGUCAAGGCAUGCGAUCAGAUGGCUAAGACGCAGCAGCGCAUGAGCCAACAGGCCAAUCGCCAGCGUCUUCCUUGCCCAUUCCGCGCAGGCGACCUUGUUUGGGUUUCCGCAGCGGAAUUCAGCCUUUGAACAAGACAUCUCUCGCAAGCUUCCUGAAAUGGAUGGGGCCUUGGCCGAUCGUAGCGCCCGCUGGGGACGC